AUGUUCACGCUUGGGAGCACCAUGUCUGUGUGCCACUCAGCUGUUGGUGGAUUGCCAGUGUUUGUGUAUAAUGCCCUCUUCUUCUCUGCCACGGGGCUGGAUGGGUCGCAGUUGCACACUGUGAGCUGGGCCUUGAUUGUCAUGGAUACCUCGAUGCCAGUCCAAGUCAUGUUGUUCAAUUAUGCAGUCAUGACCAGUGAGGAGCAGUGUAAGGGCAACCUCGAGACCCCAGGGGUUCCCCUGACAAGCAGGACAAUCAAGUAG